UAGGUAAGGUUACCCAGAAACACCAGUUUGGCAGACCAGCGCGGUAGGGGAUUCUGGGGAUUUGAGAUUCUUUAUAUAGGCUCCCUACCGCCCCCGCGGAAUCCGGCCGGACCUGGGAACAAGGUUGGGGAGGGGUUACCUCCGUCCCGGUGAAUGAAGCAACUGGAAGGGGCGGGAGGUGGGGGAGGGACAGGUGGUAGGGAUCCUUUGGGGGGAAGGGGGCCUGUAGAGGGAGAUAUAUGGUUUGGAGUUGGACGGGAAACGAGUAAAAUGGGGCACAGAGCGGUGCAGUGACUUGUGGCGGGGGAAAAGCGCCGGUCUAGCCUGUGCCCGAGAUGGGAUUUGAACCCAGCUCUUCCGUCCUCCCACGCGGCGCUGCCUCCACCUUCCACGAGGGCCAUUUCGGAGCGGGGGUGGGGUGUGGUGUGUGAAAGCAGAUUGGGCUGGAGGCCGCUGAGGACCUGACCGUUAAUAUGAACACUAAAGCGUAGGCUGGACGUUUUCUGGGAGACCUCAGGCCCGGGGACGUGAGCUCUACUCUCACCUCAGGGGGAAGCGACUCGGCCAUGGCCACUAGUCUUCCCCCAGCCCGGCCUCCGCCCGCCGCGCACGGGCUGCUGGAUGUCGUAGUCCAGUCGAGGCUCCGGGCGGAGUCGUUGGGAGGAAGUGCACAGCGUACUUCCGUCGCCCGCCUUGAUGUCAUUGACACCCGACCCUUAACCCUCCCUCCCCCUUUCCCAACCCGGAGCGCUUUCUCUGCUGAGUUGGUGCUUCCUGGAGCCCUUCGCCGCCGUUCGUCUCCCUCUCCGCUCCGGAGCUGGUGGCUCGGUGACACCAUGGCGCCCAAAGGGAAGGUGGGCACGAAGGGAAAGAAGCAGAUAUUUGAAGAGAAUAAGGAAACCCUGAGGUUCUACUUUCGGAUCAUCCUGGGUGCCACUGCAAUUUACAGCCUCGUGACGCUCGUCAUCUUCUAUUCUACAGCAUCUUUUUGGGCCUGGACAGCCCUCGUGUUCAGCUUGGUCGUGUAUGGGGCCAGCUACCGCUCCAUGAGCUCCAUGGCCAAGGCGGCCUUCUCAGAUGACGGCGCUCUGGCGGACAGUGGCAUCGACCUCAACAUGGAGCAGGGAAUGGCAGAGCACCUGAAGGAUGUGAUCCUGUUAACAGCCAUUGUCCAAGUGCUCAGCUGUUUCUCCCUCUAUGUGUGGUACUUCUGGCUCUUGGCUCCUGGCCGGGCACUCUACCUCCUGUGGGUAAACAUCUUGAGCCCCUGGCUCACAGCUGAGUCAGCCAACUCCAUUGUUGAGCCCAAUGAGAAGCGCCAGCGACGGCAGGAACGCCGACAAAUGAAGCGGUUGUAGCCAGCACGGUGGCGGAGGGCCGGCCACAGCCACCGAACUGAGCAGGACUGAGCGAGGCUCUCCCGGGUUGGGCAGGCCCUACCUAUCCACCACCUGGGUCCUGCCCCAUGACUUCCAGAGAGAGACUGCGGAACCUGGACGUCUGGACAAACUGGGUCAGGGUGGGCAGGGGAAGGGGGCUGGCUUGUUAUAAUAAAAAGCCAAAGCUGGGAGCUGCA